CUUCCCAAUUCCAACCUCCAGUCAAGGUACUGAACUCUGUCCCGGCGACGGAGAGAUCAGCUCCGGCGAAGAAGCCAUGGAAGUUCAAUCAGCCGCUAAAGAUGAACGAUCCCCACACAGAUCACUCAUUUCCAUCCACAAAAUUCUCGAAAAUCCAAAACUCGCCUUCGCUUUCGCUUUGCUUCUUGUUGACGCCCUCCUCGUCUCUCUAAUCAUCGCCUACGUCCCCUAUACGAAGAUUGAUUGGGACGCUUACAUGUCACAAGUUAGUGGGUUUCUUGAAGGAGAGAGGGAUUACAGGAACUUGGAAGGUGACACAGGCCCUCUGGUCUACCCAGCAGGCUUUCUGUAUAUUUACUCUGCCAUACAGUUCGUCACGGGAGGGCAGGUCUACCCUGCUCAGAUUCUGUUUGGCAUUCUCUACGUUUUAAAUCUUGGAAUUGUUUUGUUCAUCUAUGUGAAGACCGAUGUGCUUCCAUGGUGGGCCCUUUCCCUGCUUUGUUUAUCAAAAAGAGUGCACUCCAUCUUUGUGCUUCGCCUGUUCAAUGAUUGCUUUGCCAUGACCCUCCUCCAUGCGGCAUUUUGCUCAUUUCUUUACCAAAAGUGGCAUCUUGGUUUGGUUAUUUUCAGUGGAGCUGUUUCUGUAAAGAUGAAUGUGCUUCUUUAUGCCCCACCUUUACUACUACUCAUGUUGAAGGCCAUGGAUAUAGCUGGGGUGUUUUCAGCAUUAGCUGGUGCAGCAUUGGUGCAGAUUCUGUUGGGGCUACCUUUUCUGUUAGCAAAUCCUAUCGCAUAUCUAUCAAGAGCCUUCAAUCUUGGGCGUGUCUUCAUCCACUUUUGGUCUGUUAACUUCAAGUUUGUUCCUGAACCAGUCUUUAUAUCAAAAGAGUUUGCGGUCUCUUUGCUAGUUACUCAUCUGAUACUACUCGCCGUGUUUUCUCACUAUAGAUGGUGCAGGCAUGAAGGAGGGCUUCUGAGUUUUUUGCAUUCAAAGCUUUUCUCUAUGAAGCUCAGCGCAGCCAUUUCAAGUUCCUUCUCUUUUGAGCAGUUUCAUAAUCGUCACUCUAACUUCAAGCUUCUGAAUAAAGAGCAUAUUGUGACGGUUAUGUUUGUUGGGAAUUUUAUUGGCAUUGUAUGUGCCAGAUCACUGCAUUACCAAUUCUACUCGUGGUACUUCUAUAGCCUACCAUAUCUACUGUGGAGAACUUCUUUUCCUACAUUAUUACGCUUAAUGUUGUUUGAAGCGGUGGAGUUCUGUUGGAAUGUCUACCCCUCAACCAACUAUUCAUCUGCCUUGCUGCUUUGUGCUCACUUGGUCAUCCUAUGGGGCCUCUGGACCGCUGCACCUGAAUAUCCUUACGUAAAUGAGAAAACAUCAACUGAAAACAAGAGGAAAUAAGGUGCUGGCAUAUUUUCUAUCCUCUUUUGUUUUUCUUCCCGAAACACAACUUACGUGCCAAGUUGACCUAUACGUAAAGGUGAAUGUUCGACAGGGAAUGUGUUAUACGAGCUUUCUUCAUUUUUCCCUUUCGGCACAUUAACACUUGCGUAGUUUUGACUUUGGACAGGGUAGUGAUAUUGGCACUGUCAUAAUGUAUUGUUUUUAGGUCAUCUUACUUGGAGAUUUGCAAAAUUAACCUCUUAGCGUGCACUUCUUUUAUGCUGUAAAAUUCUCAUACAGGAGGACAAGUGAGCCAAUUAAAGACAUGAUGAUAUUUCCAGAAGUUGUUAAA